UAAAUUUAUGGCAAGAGAAAUUAUGAUAUUGCAGAGAUUGGAUUAUCCUAAUGUCAUAAUACUUAAAGGAUUAGCCACAUCAAGAAUGCAAUGUAGUAUUUAUCUUGUUUUUGAUUUCAUGCAAUCAGACAUGGCUAGAAUAAUAUCUCGUCCUGAAGAAAGACUCACUGAACCACAGGUCAAGUGCUAUAUGCAUCAAUUGCUUUCAGGUCUGCAGCAUUGCCAUGAUAGGGGCAUUUUGCACCGAGAUAUUAAAGGGUCAAACCUCUUGAUUGAUAAACAUGGGAUGCUUAAGAUUGCUGAUUUUGGGCUUGCCAAUUUUUAUAACCCAAACCGUAACCAGUAUCUCACAAACCAGGUUGUGACACUAUGGUACAGAGCUCCUGAGAUAUUGAUAGGUGCCACAGACUGUGGAGUUGGCAUUGACUUAUGGAGUGCUGGAUGCCUCUUGGCAGAAAUGUUUACGGGAAUUCCAGUCUUGCCUGGAAGAACAGAGGUUGAACAGCUUCAUAUAGUUUUCAGGCUAUGUGGCACACCAUCAGAAGAGUAUUGGAAAAAAUUGAAUCUUUCUACAACAUUUAGACCUCCAAAGUCUUACGGACCCAACCUAGCAGAAUCUUGUAAGGAUCUCCCUCUGUCUUCUUUGGGCCUUUUGUGUACUCUUCUCACGUUGGAUCCUGCAUAUCCUGAUGAGUGGUUUUGAUCUUCACACCUCAAAAUGUGUGCUUCAUAUUAGACUCCUUUCCCUUCAAAUCAAGGUGUUACACUGCCACUUUCUCUAACAAAUGAUGAGAACUUAUUUUGACUAAAAUACCCUAAUUUAAAAUAGGAGGGAAGUUUGUGUAAUAUUUCAAAAUUCAAGGUAUGUUCUUGCAUACUCUUUAUUAAAAUUGAUCUUGAUUGAUAUGCUAGGAACUUUUGUUUUAAGUACUGUCUCACAGAGAAUAUCAAAUGAUUGACAAGGAUAAUAAGAGCUGUUUGGUUUCUAUUUUCAAAAACUGUUUUUUAUUUAAAAAAAAAAAAACUCAUAUGUAUAAGUGUUUUGGAUUUAAUUGUUUUUUAAAAUUGUUGUCAUUUUUCGUUUAAAAAAAAAAGGAAAUAUCUUAAAGUUGUUUUCAUUUUACUUUUCUUGUUAUCAAAAUACAUUACAUUUUAUUAUUAAAAAAUAUAUUUAGCUUGAUCAAUUUUAUUAUAAAUUAUCACUAUUAACCUCCUGCAAUCAUUAUUAUCAGUCCAUUUUUUAAGUUUAAAACUGUUUUUAAAUUAAUAAAACUAAAUGGAUUUUCAUUUUGUUUUGUUUUCAAAAACAAUAUUAGAAAACAGUUUUUAAAAACUAAAACUGGAAGCAGAAACUAAAGAGGCCCUAAAUUUCUAAUUCUACUUUGGAAGUUAAUAUAUUGAUCCCUUUAGUAUCCUAUUUUUUUAAUGCGCAUAAUGUGCUAGUGUAUUUCAGUGCCCUGCGAACUUUCUGCAUGGAAUGGAUUUUACUCCAAGGGAAGAUUCUUAUCAUCUUUCAAGCUAACUGUCUGACUGACAGUUCUGUAAAAUCAUGAACACGCAUGUUCAAAUUGCACUAGAUUUUAUCUAUCGAAUUCCUAACAAAAAACUAGGAUAUUGUUGAAUGUGUAACUUGUUCGAAUUUCCCACAUAGAUGGCACCUUUUGCCUGCAGUUUUUCUUUUCAAGCCCAUUGGCAUGUGAACUCUCUGGCCUACCUGUAAUCUACACGGAAGAUGAUGGGAAAAAUCAUACCACUGAACAGAUCAAAUGCACGUAGGUCCCUGAUGGUGAUCUUAAUGAAGAAUGGAAGAUCUAUUUUAGGCAUUGAAGCAGAAACCUUUUUUGUGGACUUUAUUGAGGCUUGAUUGAUAGGUAAUUAAUUUUUAUUUAUUUUGGACAUGCGGUUUUUAUGGUCUUAUGGCAGAAGGACCCUGCUGGAGAUUAAGUCAGCUUAGUUUUAAGUUCAAAUUUAUUAAUUAUUAAUUCUCUACCGAGUUUGCCUUUCCCUACUUUCUUCUCUCAUCUUCUCUUUCACCCUCAACCCUAUAGGGGGAACAUCAAACAUCAAUUCUCAUGUGCUACAUGUGUUAUUCACCCUCAACCCUGUAUUGAUUUUUGUACCUAGGUGAGGUUUGUAAACUCUCAUGCAUUUAUGACAUCAGACUUUUGUUUCUUAUAUAAUAGUUACAGGCAUGUGAAUUCUAAAUUAAGACAAUCUUGUACACAUCAUGGGAAUCAAAGGAAAAAUCUAGCUUCUGGUUGGCAAACUGAGCACACUGUAUCUUCUGAAGAGGAAUUGAGCUAGAGAGUUGAGGCAUAUGUUCCUUCUGAUGAGCAUGAUGGCAUCCCCACAAGCAGAACAUCGUCUGUUUCCAACACUGCUGAGCCAAAGGAUUAUCCCUCGCCUCUCUUUCAUUCUCCGAAUGUGGCUUUCGAUGAUCAAAUGUCGUCCCAUAAAAUUCAUUGCCAUGUUAAUGGGCGUGAAAAUUUGAAGAACCUUCCUCCAUUACUGAAGUCUAAACAUCAUCAUGCUUCCAAGAAAGAAGACAGACCACACCACAUCCUCAGGUCUGCUUCCUCCAGAGAAUUUAGAUGCCCAAAACGGGGUGGUUUGAAAUUGACGGUUGGGCUUCAAAAGAACAGCUGACAUAAUAAACCCAUAAUUUUUUUUAACUGUUAUUUAUCUUUUUUUUUAUUUGUAUUUUCAUUAAUAACUGGAAGAUCCUUUAUUGUGCAAUGUCAUCCCCAAGUAACCUUACGUUCUUGCGCA